UUUAUUUUUUUGAUAAUUCCAGGAAACAUAAAGGUGUUUUGUCGUACAAGACCAAUAUUUGAGGAUGAAGGCCCUUCUGUUGUUGAAUUUCCCGAUGAUUGUACCAUUCGCAUCCCUACUGGUGUUGAUGAUGUUGCCAACCCAAAAAAGGAUUUUGAAUUUGACAGGGUUUAUGGGCCUCAUGUUGGACAAGCUGAACUUUUCAGUGAUGUUCAGCCCUUUGUGCAGUCAGCUUUGGAUGGAUAUAAUGUUUCUGUAUUUGCUUAUGGGCAAACCGAAUCAGGAAAGACGCACACUAUGGUAGGAUCUAGCCAUGAUCGUGGCUUAUAUGCCCGAAGUUUUGAGGAGCUAUUUGAUUUGUCCAACUCGGACACAACCUCUAUUUCUCGAUUUAAUUUUUCUGUUACAGUCUUCGAAAUCUACAAUGAGCAGAUAAGGGAUUUGCUUUCAGAAUCAAGGAACAUCCUACCGAAGAUCAGGAUGGGGUCACUGGAUUCAUUCAUAGAGCUGGCACAGGAAAAAGUUGAUAAUCCAUUGGAUUUCUCAAAAGUCUUGAAAGUGGCAUUUCAGAAUCGGGGAACUGAUUUAUUGAAGUUCAACUUCUCUCAUCUGUAUGUUCUGUAUUCUGUACCUCACAUAAUCUGUCUAUGGCUUUGCUGUUCCAUACAUUCUGAUUUGUUUUUUUGUCAAUUUUAUUAUUGCCAUCCUUCCUGCGUAAUAGAUGUUUGGGAAAUAUGGGUGAGGCUUAUUCCCUCUAGAAGAUGAAGAAGUUCAUCACUAGAUAAGACCAUCAUUUUAUUAUUAUUAUUUUUUAAAAUUUCUAUAAUGCCAGGACCAGGUUUCCUGUAGCUACAAAUACAAUCCUAAUUUGUCUCAUUGUUGGAAUAUUCACUACUUAUCCUCAUAGACACUCAUAUAACUUUAGUAUGAUUUGGUUUCUCGAAAGCAAUCCACUCAUUUAUGUUAAACUAAACAUUGAACUUACAUAAAAAAAUUGCUGGAAAUUAUCAUGAUUUAGUGAGUUUUAGUAGCCAAAAUAUGUUUCAAAAUCAUCCUUAAAAGGUUUUCAUUCAUUCCAAGAGUUUGAUUCUUGACAUAUCAUAAUAUGGCUGAACUUGUGUAGUUAAAUUUGAGUUACAAAUAGAUUUAUGUUCUGAUUGGUGCCCAUUAGGUCAUGGGCUAUGGUGGAGAUACAAGAGUCUGAAUGAUAUUUGUUCAUGAUCGUAUUUUUCUAUAAAAUUAGCCCAAAUUUUUGAGUUUAACUUUGGUUAGAUGCCUCAUUCCUCCCCGUUGAGUUCUUUCCAAAAGUUCCAAAUUAAAAUGCACAAACAUGGACAUAGGACACGUGAUUUCAAAAAAAUUGAGACAUGGAUACGGUGGGACAUGGCAAUAAAUAUAAUUUUAAAUAUAUUUUUGUUUAUUUUUUAUGGAUUAUAUAUUAAUUACUUAAAUCUAACCAAAAAUAAUAAACAUUCAACGUCCAACAUCCAUAAAAAACACUAAAAAAGAGGGGGGAAAUAACUAGUUGGCGUGUCCUUGCCAUGUCCUCUGAAAAAAUUAAUUAAAUAAACCCUGCUGUGUUGUCGUGUUUGACACUGCUACAAUACCCGUUUUGAAAUGUCGUUGCUUCAUAGGUUCCAAUAGCCACUAGCAUUUUUGCCUUGUCAACAUUUAAAAAUCAGUACCUUUUCAUUCUUCAAGUCCUAUUUGUUUAUCUACUGUGUGGCAAGUCAGCUUCAUUAAUGAGUUUAACUAUGCAAUCUGCAUGUCUUCCAGUUCACCAAGGUGAUCAGUUAACUUUUUACUAUUGAUUCCCAUUUCUAUUAAUAACUGUGUACGACAAGGGUGGUAAUGAGCUUCUAUAAUGUAUAUUGCAAGGGUGGAGUAUACUCUUAGUAACAGACCUCAAAAUAGAAAAAGCUAUGUCGAUGACCUUUGGGAAUAACAAUUAGUUUACAAGGUUUGUAGAAACUAGUAGUCCCUACUCGUACCAAUGAGCAAUUAAUAUAAUGAAUUAACAGUUGCUGAUUUAUUCUUUAUCAUCAAAACGUAAACCAAUUAUAAAUUUAUAAAUCUGCCGUAUGAUUAUAACAUAGAGAAACUGGUAUAUAAGAUUCCAGAAUCGUCCUUUUGAUUGGAAAGUAUAUCAUAAGUCAUAACAAGGUCGAGGGAGGUUUAGAUUUAGCAGCAUCUGCUCUGGACAAAGCUCCUCUCUGUCAAGAUGGCUUUAAAGACUUCCUUUCCAAACAGUUUUUGGUCCUCAAUAAUCUCCAACAAGUAUGGGUUACAGUAUAAUUGUUGGAAUCCUCAUCCUAUUUGCAGGGAGACUCACCGAGUCUGCAAAUUUGUUUGUUACACAUCUGUCUUCUUUCCC